AGCGCCGCGUACAACAGAGCUCCCAGUAGACCAAUAAUCUCCUUUUGCUUACUUUUAUCGCCUAGUCUCUGGCGAAUGCCUGACCGUGUUUGCGCCUAUAUAUAACAACCCCAACCGGAGCCAGUAACGUGCCCGCAGCGCAACGUAGCCCAACAGCUCCGCAAGAUGCGUUCUUUUGCCUUGCUCCUGGUCUUCGUCGGACUAGUUUACAGCAGACAUCCACGAAUCAGACAGUGCGGAAUUGGAGUGUCGAAAGCGGAGUUCGUAUAUAUCGAUAUUGACCCGUGCUACUCUGACCCUUGCGUGAUCAAGAGGGGACGGCGAACACGUUUUUCGAUUUCAGUCAUCCCACGUGUCAACAGUGAGACGAUAGUCUUGGAUGGUCGCUUCAAAUUUCUGGGCCUUAACCUGUGGAUCCCGGGCUUGGAAACGGACCUCUGCCGAUUUAUCAGCUGUCCUGUCGUAGCCGGAAGAACCUACGAAACGUCCCUGUAUUUCUCAAUAAGCAAGUGGGCUCCCCCCAUGCUGACGACUGUGACCUACAAGGUCAUCGGCGAAGCCGGAGAGCUUGGAUGCAUAACUACGGAUGUAAGGAUUGUAUAGUACAAUUUUCGGAACAUGUACAAAAAGUUUUUCAUAAAUUAAGACACGUG